AUGCUGUUUGAAAAGCCUUUUUUGCUACUGUUAGUAGCAUUAUUGGGUAGCGCUGUCAUCUCUUCGGAAGCCAGCGACCAUAGAGGCCUGGUUCGUGAAAUUCGUAAGCGCGAUGCAGCAUCGACAAACCCUUCUGAUCUAGAUGGUAAGACCUUUGACUAUGUCAUUGUUGGUGGUGGACUGGCUGGUCUUACGGUUGCUUCUCGUCUGUCAGAAAACGAGAACGUCACUGUUGCCGUUAUCGAAGCUGGUCCAGCUGGUACCUCUAAAGACCUUGCUUCUCGGAUUGAUCCGCCAGCAGGUAAUCUCUACAACCAUAUGCUGGAGACUAAUAUGAACUGGAAGUUCAAGACUGUUCCUCAGGCCAAUCUGGGUGGUGCCGUGAAAGACUUUCCUCGUGGAAAGGUGCUGGGCGGUAGUAGUGCUGUCAAUGGCCUAUACUAUGUCCGUCACAGCACUUCUGAGCAAGAUGCAUGGGGUGAAAUCAUUGGCGACAAAAACCUUUGGGGAUGGAAUAAUAUGUAUCGGGCAAUGAAAAAGUCUGAAAACUUUACUGAUGCUUCUGAUGAGAUCAAAAAAGUCGAGCAUAUUAGCUCUGAACCCGGCUCUCACGGUACGAAAGGUCCCAUUCAGGUUUCUUGGCCUGGUGAGAUUUAUGACAGUAUCGGUGCUUUUAUCAAGGCUGCUUCUAAGACAGGCGCCCCUUACGUGAAAGAUCCUUACAGCGGCCACAACAUUGGUGCCUAUGUGGCCCUUGAGACUCUGAAUCCAUCGAACUGGACGCGCAGCUUUUCUCGGUCGGGCUACUACGACCCUUAUGUGUACCGCAAGAAUCUCAAAGUACUUACUGGCCAUCUUGUAACUAAGGUUGAAAUGGAAAAGGGACAGAAGUUGGCAAAGGCUACUGGCGUUACGUAUCAGGCGAAGCCCGAUGGUCAGACCUACCAUGUUAAAGCUGGCCGCGAGGUUAUUAUGAGCGGUGGUGCUGUCAACACUCCUCAGAUACUUCAACUCUCUGGUAUUGGUGAAAAGAACUUUUUGAACUCUAAGAAGAUCGAUGUCGUCGUGGACUCUCCAGGUGUUGGUCACAAUCUUCAAGACCAUGUGUCUGGCGGCGUUCAAUGGGCACCUGGUCAAAACACCAAGAUUCCUCCAACCAACACUAAUCAGUCUCCCAUCGUCAACUCUUACACUAACACUGCUGUCUGUUACGUGAAUGGCACGCAGGGCUUGAAGGACCAAUGGACUAACUACCUUAAUCAGGUGAAGGGUAAUAAGACCAAGGCUGUUAAUGCUCUUCAAGCCCCUGACGUUGUUAAGAAAGGUUACGAACUGACCUACUCCACUGUCUUGGGUUUGAUUGAGAAUGGUGUCGCUCCCCUUGAGAUGCUUUAUUCUCUAACCUUUGGUCAGGUCAUGGUGCAAACGGCUAUGCAGCAUAGCUUCAGUCGCGGUUCGAUUAUGAUCAACUCUACGGAUCCUUUCGAGCAUCCCAUUAUCGACCCUCGCUACUUUGAGCAGGACUCGGACAGGUUCAUGCUUCGUUCGGGCUUCAAGCUUGCGCGCAACAUUGGCCAAACUGCCCCACUCAAGUCUUUCCUUGGUGAGGAGUCUGUUCCAGGCAACAGUGUUCAGUCUGACGAGCAAUGGGACAAGUUUAUCGAGGGGCGGGUAGGAACUGAAUAUCACCCGUCGGGCACCGCCGCUAUGCUUCCUAAGAAUAAGGGAGGUGUUGUCGAUAAGACUAUGAAGGUAUAUGGUACCAGCAAUUUGCGGGUUAUUGAUGCCUCUGUGGUUCCCUAUGUUGUUUCGUCUCAUUUCAUGUCUCUUGUCUAUGGUCUCGCCGAAAUCGGUUCUGAAAUUGUCUUGGAUGCGUACAAUCAUGACAUGCAAAACAAAAAAUCGAGCAAUGGCGGUGCUACCGGUGGUAACAGCCAAGGAAACUCGAAUAAGGGCGGCGCUGCUGACGGCAGCAGUCAAAACAGCUCGGGUAAGGGCGGUGCAGCUAAGGGAGACAACCAAAACAACUCGGGUAAGGGCGGCGCAACUAAGGGUGACAACCAAAACAACUCGAGCAAGGGCGAUGGCUCGAGUGCCCGUGCUGGCGCCACGCCCAUCAGUAUUCUUUCCACUCUCACCAUUACAAGCUUUGUCACGUUUGCAUAUCUUUACUCUGCCAUCUGA